ACAAAGAGACUACUUGUGCUUAGCAAAAGAGACUGUUAGAAUCGAUCGGAGAAAAUGGCAUCCUCGAAUCUCAGUUCCCUUCCGGAAGAAGGCUCGGAGGACCACCACCGAUGUGAAGAACAGCAAAUCGGGAUCCCGCCGGUGGCUUCCGCUUUUGCCUCGGUUCCUGAUCGUCCUCCAACUCAGGGCUCUAAACACAAUUACUCGCCUUUAGAUUGGUCGGAUUAUUUUGAUCGAGAGGAAGAUAUUUGCAUUCCGGCCUCAAAUGAUGUAUUUCAUGUAUAUAUGGCAGGGACGGAGGGGCCCGUUGUUUUUUGUUUGCAUGGAGGUGGUUUCACUGGGCUUUCUUUUGCAUUAUCAGCAAGUAAAAUUAAGGAGAGAGCUCGCAUUGUUGCCAUGGACCUUAGGGGACAUGGAAAGUCAUCUACAGAAAAUGAUCUUAACCUAUCUAUUGAGACUAUGUGCAAUGAUGUUUUGGCUGUUGUGAAGGCAUUGUAUGGCGAUUCCCCUCCUGCAAUUGUGCUCGUUGGCCACAGUAUGGGAGGUUCGGUAGCUGUGCAUGUAGCUGCCAAAAAGGCAUUGCCUAGUGUGGCUGGGUUGGUUGUUAUAGAUGUUGUAGAGGGAACAGCCAUGGCAUCAUUAAUUCACAUGCAGAAACUUCUAUCAAACAGGAUGCAGCAUUUUUUAAGUGUAGAGAAAGCGAUUGAGUGGAGUGUCAAAGGAGGCUCACUGAGAAACAUUGAUUCUGCUCGUGUAUCCAUUCCUUCCACAUUAAAAUAUGAUGAUUCAAGGAAAUGUUAUGUCCAUAGGGCACGGUUGGAAGAAACUGAACAAUAUUGGAGAGGCUGGUAUGAAGGGCUAUCAGAGAAGUUUCUAUCAUGUCCCGUUCCAAAGCUCUUGUUGUUAGCUGGAACUGACAGACUGGACAGGUAUGUGACUAUUCAAAUGCCUUUAAGAGUAAAUGCUAGAAGUUGGUUGUUUAUGUCAAGUUUAUCACAAUUUAUGCUCCAUACCCGUUCACAAUUGUAGCUUUUUGGCCUGAGCAUAUGGUAUGAUGAAUAGCAUGACAUUUGAGUUAAGGAUGAUCAAAUAUUCUGCAGUUUUUCCAACAAAGAGCAAGGUUGAUGUGAAAAAUAAGUAGGUCAUGUAUUUUAUUUGUAUUUUAAAAUCCUUUCUUUGCUGUUUGUAAAAUCUGUUAUGAAAAUGGUAAAUAAUGAGAAGUCAUGAAGAGUUAUAAUAUGCAGCGUCAGAAAUUGAGGAAUAUGCUGCAAUGUAAACCAGUCCUAUAUCUUGCUUUCAGUUCCAUUUUGAUUAGUUCUUUCUUCAUUUAUUCUUGUGAUGAACAUCCACCGGCAAUUGGAAAGUUGGUUUUAUUAGGGUAUUGGUUUAGCUAGAUUCAUAAAUGCUUCUUCAGAGAACAUUAAAAAAGUCAGCAUUUUGAGAGCUUCUCCAAUCUCCAUAUUGUUUUAAAACAGACCCCUCACCAUUGGUCAAAUGCAAGGCAAAUUUCAAAUGGUAGUCGUUAGGCAUACAGGCCAUGCUAUCCAGGAAGACGUUCCUGAUGAACUUGCUACAUUGGUACUCAAUUUUAUAUCCCGUAACCGAAUUGGCCCUCAUGGAGUUGAGAUUCCUGGCCUUCACCGACCUAUGCAGCCACAAUCUUGAAGGAUUGACAGACAAAUAAUUGUUGCUCGUUUUUAUCUGUUUUUCCCAGUGUUUUUGUGGAUUUGUAUUGAAUCUUGUUUUCAAGUUUUAUUUUUAGGCCAGUCUAGUUGAAUUUUGAAUCUAUUUCCAGUUAUAACACUAAUAUUCCAAAAGGAAACAUCAGGAGUAAGAAAAGAAGCCACUCAAGGCAUUAAAUGGAAGG